AUAUGGUCAGAGUAGAAAAUAGAGAAUGGUAUGAUUCCGCUUUACAUUUUCGGAUUCUUCUUUUCAUUUGUCCCCUCAUUUCUAUACAGAGCGCCAAGCAGAGCGCUAUGUUGGCGCUAUGUGUUGUAUGGAGUGGUGUCUGUGAAUAUUUAUUCUGUUUGUUUGUUAUGCGUUCAUAGAUAACAGAGCGAUUGAGAUAAUUUUGCUGAAACUUCGGUGCCAGACCUCUUUUUACGAUGGCGUUCAUCAGUACACGCCUUUGUCGUCCUGGCACGCUGCAUAAAGCUUGCACGUCCAUUGCUGCAAGGUUCUGUACUGGUGCCAGUUCAUCUGCACCUGCAACUGAGAAAGUCACUCACACUGGACAGACUUUCGCUGAGGACGACUACCGACUGGUGCGGUUCACGGAGCGAACCAAGCAGGUGAACCCGCAGUUCGCCAUCGACCUGAUCGCUCAGGUGCCGCCCAAGGUGUGCACAGAGCGCGUGGUCGUCUGCGACGGCGGCGGCGGCGCCCUCGGACAUCCCAAGGUCUUCAUCAACCUGGAUCAACCUGGCAUCCAUACCUGCGGCUACUGCGGCCUGCGGUUCGUGAGACCGGACCACCACUAAGCGACGCCUGCCGGCCGAUCAGGGCCGCCCCAGGUGUGCUCAGCUGUUGUAAUUAGACUGAUUGUCCGUACGGGAAAACCGCGGGGGUCAAUGUAAAUAUAGGUACACGUGUAAAAGAUGUGUUUGUGGGACAUUCGAGGAGCAAGGAUUACGGAAUAAGGGAAGAAGGUGAAGGGUGUUAUGGGGGAUAAAUAUUGUAAGACAAGUUGGAUGAAUUCUGGAUUGGUUUAGUUCAGUGUCAAUGACGAUGAGAGAAACAGAAAUGCUAGCACAAAAGAUGACCUUCGGGCGAAUGAAUUAUUAUAGUAUUUCACCAAUGUGACUUCUAAGCAUGUGACCAAUAUCGGCUCUAUGAGGUCUUGUUACUCGUAGUUAACGCGUGAAGCUUUAAGGUCAACAUCGGUUCAAAAUAUUUUUAUCGUGACAAAUUGUGUACAACUGUACAAUAAAUGGGAAGACUUCUUU